UACGCACGUACGUGCGUACCCACGUAUUUUAGCCGUACCGCUUGCACUACCAGCUGUAGUCUUUGGGACCUGCGUCCAAAAUGUUUCCUGAUUUUGCGCCGUAAAUUCCUAUAAUUGGAUUGAUAAGAAGAGGCGGUUACGUAAAGUUUCCUGUCUGUAACUGUGGUUAGAAGUCCUUCGAAAUCAAAAUAUGGCAGGCGGAGAAGAACCAGCCUUCCUCCCAGUCGGCACUGACGUCAGCGCCAAGUACAGAGGUGCUUUCUGUGAAGCUAAGGUGAAAAUCAUCAAGAAGUUGGUGAAGUGCAAGAUCAACUUUACUGAUGCUGCCAAUGCAGUGGUUUCCGAUGACUGCGUUAAGGGGAACCUCAAGGUUGGAGCGAUGGUUGAGGCCAAACAUCCAGAGACAGACACCUGGAUGAAGGGUGUUAUCAUGAAGCUGACUGACGCCAGUACAUACACAGUGGUUUUUGAUGAUGGAGAUGAGAAGACUUUGAGGAGGACGUCGCUGUGUCUGCAAGGAGAGCGACACUUCAAUGAGAGUGAGACCUUGGACCACUUGCCUCUAACCGAUCCUGAGAACUUUGGCACACCUGUCAUGCGUGAAAGCCAAAGCAAGAAGAAGCGUCGGCUUAGCACCCGCUCACAGUUGCUCAGUGCGGACGAGGAGGACGAGGAGGAAGACAGUGAUGUUGAGCCCUCGCCCAAGACAGCCAGGAGAGAGGACAGGGAGGACAGCAUUGGCAAGGUCAUCGUUGUGGAGACCAAUGACAAGCGCAAGAAUGCCUGGUUCCCUGCACUGGUUGUAGACCCAACAAGUGCAAAAGAUAUUCAGCCCAAAUCCAAGGAUCAUGUAGUAGCCAGGUCAUUCAAGGACAACCGAUAUUAUAGCAUUGACAAGCAGAAUCGCCGAGCGUUUGCCUCCAAGGAUCACAACUACAAGGGAGACUUAGCAACUCUGAAAACAGCUGUGGAAAAGGCCGUCCACUUCGUAGAGACGGGCCAGCUCCCCAGCAACUGGGACCCAGACAUGCUGAAGAGGAAUCGCAAGGGGAAAGGGGGCAAGAGCGACAGAGACAAGGGGGAUGGGGAGGAGGAGGAAGAGGAGAGUGAAGAUGACUCGGAUGACGAUGAGUAUGAUGAACAGAAGGAUGCUUGGCUGGCAUCACUUCACAAGUUCAUGGAGGAGAGAAGCACACCAAUCAACAAGCCGCCCGUUUUGGGCUUCCGCGACCUGAACCUCUACAAGCUCUACAAGUUGGUCCAGGACUUUGGGGGUUGCCGCAAGGUGACCGACAAGCAGAAGUGGCGCCACAUCGCCACCAAGAUGGGCAUCCCUGCUGUCACCACCUCCCAGCCCUACAACAUCAAAGCUGCCUAUAACAAAUACCUAUACGCGUUUGAAGAGUACAACCGCAAGCUGGGUCCCGGCAUCUCGUUGCCCAGGACGCGACGCCGGUCCUCCUACAAUGAACACUGGUCCAUGCCAUCUCUGCCUAUCCUGACAAAGAUCGAAAAGACCCCACCCCCAUCCAAAAAGGCACAGGAGGAGUCGGAGAGCGAGGAGGAGCCAUUGAUCACAUCACCCAGAUCAAAGAAGAAGGGCAACAAGAAGUCCGAAAGCAAAACUGAAAAGGAAACGCCAGACAAGAAGGACGUCAAGACGAGAGAGAAGGAGCGCAAGGAGGAGGAGAAGAAACAGAAGGAGAAGGAAAGGUUAGAGAAGGAGAAGCGGGAAAAGGCCGAGGAGGAAAAGAAGGAAAAGAUCCGGCAGGAGAAGGAGAAGAAGGACAAGGAGAAAGCCGCCAAGGAGAAGAAGGACGGCAAGAAGGAGGACAAGGAGGCAGAGCAGCAGAGACAGAGACGGCUCAAGGAGAAAGAGAAGGACGCCAAGAGGCGACGGGACCCACGGACACUGGAGGGACCCAGUGGCGACAAGGAAGAGGAUGAUGACUCAGGAAAUGACACGCCUGCGCAAAAACAAGACCCUGACCCUUCGAUCCAGGCUGACUUUGAGAUUGGGGAGAAGAUCAAAGUACAGUAUGGCCGAGGCAGAACGCAGAAGAUAUACGAGGCAAAGAUUGUCGAUUAUGAAAUUGAGGACGGACGUGUGGUGUACACUAUUCAUUACAUGGGCUGGAAUGUCCGCUUUGAUGAGGUCAUCACGGCUGACCGCAUCCUGGGAUGGGCAGAGAAGAAACGAGAGAGGCAACAGAAGGAGCGGGAGAAGGAGCGGAAGGAGAAAGAGAUGGAAGCUGAGCGGGAACGCAAGGAGAAAGAGGAGAGGGAAAAGGCCAGACGGGAGCACGAAAAGGCCCAGGAGAAGGAGCAGAGGGAAAGAGAGCGGAAAGAAAAGGAGAAAAAGGAAAGGGAAAAAAAGGAGAAAGAGGAGAAGGAGAGGGAGGAACGGGAGAGGGCGGAGCAGGAAGCGAAGCAGAAGAAGCUGGACAAGGAGCGGGAGAAGGAGAAAGAGCUGAGGAAGGCAGCAGAAGAGAAGGCAGAGAAAGAAAAGACCCAGGGGAAGAGUUCGGGAAAGAGAGGCCGGCCCUCGGCAUCCAAGACGCAAACACCCACUCCGGUGACCAGCUCCUCGGCCAACACUACCCCCACAGUUGCCACCGGGACCCCAACCAGGUCCACCUCCCCGCAGGAAGGCAGUGCCGGCAAGUCACCGGUUCUGAGCAGGUCUUAUCCUACUCGCGCCAGGAGAUCGGACAGGAAGAGCUUGUCAGAAUCACCCUUUGCUUCUGGUCUUCCAGACAAACCUAGGCCAAGGAGAAGUUCUGGAUACUCUGAAAGUAUCUCUAGAAGCGAGCGGGAUACUUCUGACAGUGAGACUGAGGAAGUGGAAGGAAGUAGUUCACAGGAGAGUGAAUCCCUGCCCCCAGAAACCAAGCACAGCCCAGAGAGUGUCAACGAGGAAGAGAAGGUCAAGAAGGAUUCCGAAGAGCCAGAGCCCCAGCCAGAAAUUGCCCUGGAGAAGCUGAAGGAAGACAAUCUGGACCUGAAGGAGACAAAGAAGGAGAAAGAAGAGGAGGAGGUAGUUUCCAAGGAAGAGGCAGCUAAGAAGCCCAGAGAUGCUGAUGUGAGUGAUUCUUCAGAGGAAAGAGUAAAGGAAGGAGAGAAAGAAGAGAAAGGAAAGGGGGAUCGAGAGAUGGAGCAAGAGAAGAUACAGGUUUUACCAGAGGAGAAGCCACCGGAUCUGACUCUACAAGAUGAGCCUCCGGUAAAAGCAGAGGAAACCUCCAAGAAGAAAGAGAAGAAGGAGAGGAAAGACUCAAAGAAGGAAGGUAAGAGCAAGUCCAAGAAGGAGAGCAAAGCCAAGAAGGAGCAGUCUCGUCAGAGCUCAGGGGAUGCCAAGAAAGAGACCAAAGGGAGGAAAGAGUCGGGAAAGAAGUCGCAGGCAAAAGCCGAAGCUGCCAAGGAGAAGGAGCAAGAGAAGGACAGGAAGGAGCAGCAGGAGGUAGUCCAGGAGAAGGCAGUGACUGUCAAGCCCGAGGUGGAAGAAGACAGCAAGAAGAGGAAGGGAAGGAAGCGUUCCAGUCGCAAGAGUCUUGAGGGCAAGGUGAAAGUAAAAGAGGAGGCGGACAAGGAUGAAACUCCUGCUGAACCCCCAGAAAAGAAGAGGAAAGAAUCCGACACGAAGCACAGUAAGAAAGUAGAGGCUGUCAAAUCUGACAGCAAACAAGAAGCAAGUUCCAAGGAUAAGUCGAUGGACUCUGAGAAUGUUGAGAAAUUCCCAGCCACCUCUGAGCCGAGCAGCAGCAGCUCUGUUCCAUUGAAGCCAGCUUUUAAUUGUAAGGGCAAACUUCUGCUGUCCACCCCACCAACUUCACCAGAGAACUCCCCUGCUGCGCCGUCCUCGCCAGCGGGCCACGAUGUCACCAAGGGCCUCCACCCAGAAGCAGACGACGAGCACAUCAGUAGCAAGUCCGACAGUGAUGCCCUUAUUGAGGUGAGUAGCCUCGGGGAGUCCAGCCAAGCGGUCCGACGGCAUUCCCCCAAUCUUGAUGCCAGCAGUUCCAGCAGUGGUGCUGAGGUUGGCGUGGGCCACGGCCCUGCCAUGUCAGCAGCUACAGACACAAGAACUGUAAAGAUCGAUUCAGCAGCAGACACUGCAUCUCCCAAGAAGCGAAAACGGCACACCUCCGAGUCAGAGAAUACGCACAAGCGGUCUCGCAAGCGCAGCCGACGUCAGUCCUCGAUCUCCGCUUCGGUCGCUGAACGGCGUAGGUCGUCCACCAGGGACCAACCCCGCAACAGCAGCAGCGACACAGAUGAAACCCAGUCAGACGCAAAACAUCACCACACUAGCCACAGAGCAGAGAGACGAGACCCGGAGAAGAGGUCAACGGAAACACUUCCGAAGGUCAGCAGUAGUGGCGGCACCAGCAAGGUAGAAGGGCCACCUAUAGAACGCAAGUGGAACUUCUUAAUAGAUGUGAGCCACAUCAAAGAUCCCGAGGAGAGGAUAGCACUGAUCCAGAGGCAGUUGAACGAGCUCCGUAAGAUCUACAUGCAACUCAAGCAAGAGGUGGCCACCAUCGACCGACGGAGGAAAAAAUUCCGACGAAAAGAAAGGGAAGCAGCAGCAGCAGCAGCAGCAGCAGCAGCACUGGCUGCACAGAAACAUGCUUCUGAAAAGAAGGCAGCGGACAGCACGUAGACGUCAAUUCCAUUUUUUCCGUUUCCCCCCCUUAACUUUUUAACUACACUUAUCUCUUUGUAAAAUAAUCCCUCGUGCCAAAAACUGGUCACAGAUUUCUUAUUUAUGUCUCUCCUUUUAUUGCCAAGAGAAUAAUUGUCUUCUGGAUACCGGAGUAGAUUGAGAGAGAUUUUUUUUAUGAGGGGAAAACUCUGAAUGGAAUUAAAGCAUUCGCAAUAAUCACCGAAAGCUGUUUUUGCAUAUUUGUGUAUAUCAGAUGGAGUAUUGUAGUUUUAUCAUUGCAUAUUGUGUCGAUGAGACAAAGCCUUGAUGAAACGUUGACACCAACAUUUUUUAACAAAACCAAUACACAGUUAGUGAUGGCAUUUUGGUUUAACACAGGUAUGUGGGUUGAGGUUCACUGUAUGCAGGCCCUCAAUCAUUAUCACUGGAUUUCUAUUUCCUGGACAUCAAACAUUUGGACAAGGGUAGAAAUUGAUAUCCACAAAAUGUAGUUUUUUGACCGUGUGAUGCGCUGGAUGCCUAAGUGUUGAAGGGGACUGUUUUUUAAGUCUGGAGGGGAAAAUCAUUAUUGGGAGUUUCAAGAGUGCCGAGGAACAAUUUAGGAUACGCUGCGGUGCUUGACCUCGCUAUCCCAUUUGUACAUAGUCUUUGGUUUGUCCUUGGUUUUUCUGUGCAAGUAUCCAGCAUCUAAAUGUAGCUGGUGUUGCCUGUACGCGGAAGCUAGAGAUUGCUGCAUCACAUCAUAGUUUACUAAGAAUCCAGUACGUGUAAUGGCGAAGGCACGGCUGUGUCCAACUAACGCUGGACGCCAGAGACGUGUUUAAAUAGUGUAUCUCAGAUAAGCAUGGGUAUUGUCAUAUCAGGAAGUUGAUGAAUCAGCUCAGGAAUACUCUUUGAAAAAUUCACGAAUGGAGGUUUUGCAGUUUUAACGCUGACAAGCAGGGGAUGGAAUAAAUGGGCUGAAGGGGAUAGCAAAAGUUUGCAGGAAUGGGGGGAGGCACUUCCAUCACAUUAACCCUAACCCCCUAGGGUGUAUGUAAAAUCAUAUUGAAAUUAGAGGAUUUGGGACUGUUAGGGUAACGAAAAUAGGUUUUGAAGGUUACUGUUCCUGAAGUUCACUCCAGUUGAAAUUGGUAACGUGCAAAUCAUGGAAAGUGUGCAUUAUUUUGUAAGUGUGGACCCCGAUGAACUAGAGUGCACAUCUGGAGUUUCUCACAAUAGAUGAACAUGGUAGCCCCCAGUUUGCUUCGUGGUGCAGACAAGUGUUAAAAAAAAAUUGCUUGGUCCUACAUGAAAUCCAUUGUGGCUACCUGUACUGUUUAAUGUGUUUGCAUCCAGACACGUUACACCUCAGUUUUCUGAGUAAGGAAGUAUUCAUCUUCAACAGCAAAGCCCAGUUAUUCACACUCUUGACAUCAUCUUUUUUCUUGUUUUUUGGGGGGUGGGAGGGAAGAUCAAGUUGUGUGAUUUGAAUUUUGUUUGAUAAAUUUCAUGAGUGGACAAAGAGACAGGACUGCAUGUGUUUAAAAACAGAGUACCGACAGUGUGCUGCAAACAGUUGUCUUUUGACCUAGUCUGGAGGUGCGUUUUUCAUAUGCUGGAGAGAAAAGAAAAUGCACAACUUGUUCAUUAGGCAGCAACCGUGAUUGAGCAUUGUCAACAGCCAGUGGUGCGGUUGAUGAAUACAUGUACAUGUCAGAAAUUGUCGCAGCUGGAGUUACAGUUAAUGUAAGGCAAUAUUCAAAUUCCAGUAGUUGUGGUAUUGCACACUCUAUGAAAGGUGUUUAGAUGCCACAAAACCAGGAACCUGCUUUGAUGGCACACUUCGGGUUUCUGUGCACAAGGUACCAGGUUCGAGCUCAGCGUCAAUUUAUUUGGGGGGUUACCAUUUUCUCUUUUGUUUGUUUGUUUGUUUUUUUUUAAUUGAAUCCCAUGUUUACUCUGCAUAGAUAUUCCUUUCCCUUUUGGGGAUAUAUUCAUAGCCAUGGAAGAUUCUUUAUAAGGGAAAUAAUGGCCAAGGGCCUGUUGGCUUCUUAUGGAUCCAGAUCUCAAGCAGUAAUCCGUCAUUGGUACACUGACAGUAGAACCUGUCUCCAGACCGUUGCUGGGGAGUUAGGACUACUGAUUGAGAUCCAGAUCUGUAUGAGACAAACAGGCCCCAAGAGCCGUUCUUCACAGACUGGUCUGGUUCCUGUUUCCAGUACUGCAGAGUGUUGGAGUAGAAGUAGCCAGCAACCUAUCUGAAGUGCUGUAAGUGUAUUCACUGCAUUAAUAGAAAGAUGAAAAAUUACUUUUGGAAGCAUGGCAACGCCCCGUUUUUCUCCAUCAGGAUUUUAGAAAGCUGCACCCCAAGUGCAGAAAAUUUGCAGUUGCAACAAUUUUCUAUGGGCAGGCGAGUAUUCACAACCCCUCUCCCAAAACGGCAAAGCUUUACUCAGCUUUGCAGAAAUGCCCUGUUUAAAAUAUGUAUGUUUGUUUCAAGUGAAUCAUUGAAAUCAUUCCAAAAGUAACUGGUGCAUGUGAUUUCAGUCCACCACAAAAUGAACUGGCAUUUUUUGGUGAAACACCAUGAAUUGUUACAUUUCCUUUUUGUAGCAAUGUAAUUGCAAGAAGUACGUCCUCUUGACCGUCCAUAUCUGAAUCUUGCUUCCAUUUCUUUGCCAACUUACAUUAACUGUCUUCAAGUUUUCGGAAAGACAUGGUCAAGAGUCUAUUUUAAUUGGAAAAAAAAAUCUUUUGAAACAAAACUUUCUGAGAAAGGGUAUUAAAGGAUAUCGUUUUUAUCGAGAAGUAAAAAUACUGGUGUAAAAGAAGGGAAGACAGAAAUGAAAUAGUCAUGAAAUUGUGUACAUAUGGUUUUUAUUUAAGUGACUUUUACACACUGGUUGGAAGCCACCUUUGAGAAAAAUUUUCAAGGUUGUUUGUGUCAGUAUCAUUCAUAAGUGUGUACAGUAUUUGACAUUUUAACUGCCUUGUUUAGUGAUAAACUACUAAUAUCAUCUGGACAGAAGUUUGCAUGUACAAGUAGAGUAGUAGGAAGUCAAUGGAACGUUUCCAUCACUAUUGUGACCACGGUGCCAACAAAUAUUAGUUUGUCAAGAACUUGCUCAAUGUAACAAUGAAUCCUGUGUAAGGAUGAAGCUAUGAGUUCUCCUUUGGUUCAUUGGGAUGCCCUGUAGGAAUUGGAAUGACACUCACAAUCUUGGUUGGUGGUUGAUUUACAUUUCGUGAUCAAGAAAGGAUACCAGAAUUGAGACAAAGAUUUC